AUGGGCAUCUUCGAACCAUUCAGAGCAAUCGGAUACAUAACAAGCGGCGUGCCGUUCUCCAUCCAAAGAUUAGGCACCGAAACCUUCGUUACGGUCAGUGUAGGCAAAGCUUUUCAAGUUUACAACUGUGCCAAGCUCACUUUAGUUCUCGUCAGCCCUCAACUACCUCACAAAAUCCGCGCUUUAGCUUCCUAUCGUGACUUCACCUUCGUCGCCUACGCAAGCCACAUCGCCGUCUUCAAACGCGCCCACCAGGUGGCGACGUGGAGUAGGCAUAGUGCGAAGGUGAAUUCGUUGAUGGUAUUUGGGGAUCAUGUGAUAAGUGUAGACGUUGAUGGUAAUUUGUUUAUUUGGGGAUUUAAAGGGGUUAAAGAGAAUAAUGCACCGGUUGGGCAUCUUAUGAUGGGGGAUAAGUUUACGCCGACUUGUUUUGAUUGGGAGUCAAGAGGGGGAUUGCAGCUUUGGAAUGUUAGUACGAAGAAAAUGUUGUUCGAGUUUAAAGGAUGGGGUUCGUCGGUGACUAGUUGUGUCUCAUCACCUGCUUUGGAUGUUGUUGCGGUUGGUUGUGCUGAUGGAAAGAUUCAUGUUCAUAACAUUCGGUAUGACGAAGAGGUGGUUACAUUUACGCAUUCCACACGUGGUGCUGUGACUGCAUUGUCAUUCGCUACAGAUGGACAGCCGCUUUUAGCAUCAGGAGGCUCAUCUGGUGUUAUAAGCAUUUGGAAUCUGGAGAAACGAAAACUACAAACUGUUGUAAGAGAGGCACAUGAUAGUUCAAUAAUUUCGUUGCACUUUUUCGCUAAUGAGCCUGUGCUGAUGAGUUCAUCAGCGGACAACUCUAUUAAAAUGUGGAUUUUUGACACGACUGAUGGAGAUCCUCGACUUUUACGCUUUCGAAGCGGACAUAGUGCUCCUCCACUUUGCAUAAGGUUCUAUGCAAAUGGGAGACACAUUCUAUCUGCUGGUCAGGAUCGUGCCUUUCGUCUUUUCUCUGUCAUACAGGACCAACAAAGUAGAGAACUCUCUCAGCGUCAUGUAUCGAAACGAGCUAAGAAACUUCGGGUGAAGGAAGAAGAACUCAAAUUGAAGCCUGUUAUUGCCUUUGAUUGUGCUGAAAUUCGGGAGCGGGAUUGGUGCAAUGUGGUAACCUGUCAUAUGGAUACUGAACAAGCAUAUGUGUGGAGGCUUCAAAAUUUUGUCAUUGGGGAGCAUAUCCUGAGACCAUGCCCAGAAAAUCCAACACCUGUCAAGGCCUGCACCAUUAGUGCAUGUGGCAACUUUGCUAUCAUAGGAACUGCUGGUGGUUGGAUAGAGCGAUUCAACCUUCAAUCAGGAAUUAGCCGAGGAAGUUACCUGGAUGUGUCAGAGAGAGGAAGUUGUGCCCAUGAGGGGGAAGUGGUUGGAGUUGCUUGUGAUUCCACAAAUACCCUCAUGAUAAGUGCAGGAUAUCAUGGAGAUAUAAAGGUUUGGGAUUUCAAGGGACGUGCAUUAAAAUCCAGAUGGGAAGUUGGAUGUUCUCUAGUUAAGAUUGUCUAUCAUCGUCUUAAUGGUCUGUUGGCUACUGUGGCAGAUGAUUUGGUUAUCCGUUUGUUUGAUGCCGUGGCACUGAGAAUGGUUCGUAAAUUUGAAGGUCAUACUGACCGUAUUACAGAUUUAUGUUUUAGCGAGGAUGGGAAAUGGCUAUUGUCAUCCAGUAUGGAUGGGACUCUUAGGAUUUGGGAUGUCAUCUUAGCAAGGCAAAUAGAUGCAGUUCAUGUCGAUGUGUCUAUCACAGCAUUGUCCUUGUCACCAAAUAUGGAUGUGCUGGCAACUACCCAUGUUGGUCAAAAUGGGGUAUAUUUGUGGGUUAAUCUGUCAAUGUUCUCUGGAGCUUCAAACAUUGAUACUUAUGCAAGUGGGAAAGAAGUUGUUAAUGUAAAAUUGCCAUCUCUAUCUUCAGUUGAAGGUUCAAAUGUUGAGAAUGAGGACACAGACAAGCCUAUUGUGAACCAUUCAGUAUCCCAAGUAGCUUCUACUUUUCCAGCUUUUAGUCAGCAAAUUCCAGAUCUCGUGACUCUCUCACUGUUGCCUAAAAGCCAAUGGCAGAGUUUGAUCAACUUAGACAUUAUCAAGGUACGCAAUAAACCAAUUGAACCUCCAAAGAAGCCUGAGAAGGCUCCUUUCUUCUUGCCUUCAGUUCCAUCUCUUUCUGGAGAAAUAUUAUUUAAGCCCAGUGAGCAAGUGGAUGACGAAUAUAGCAAACCUGACAAAGUGGAGAAUGAUAGGAGAAAACUCGACAUUCCAGUAACUCAAUUUUUGGAAGCUCUUCAGUCUUCGUCAGAAAUGAAAAAUUUCUCAGCAUUCACUGAAUAUAUCAAAGGUUUAUCUCCUUCCAAUUUGGAUAUGGAACUUAGAAUGUUUCAGAUAAUAGACGAGGAUGAGCAAGAACUUGAAAAGAGACCCGAGUUUAUUUCAAUCGAGCUGUUUCUUGACUAUUUCAUCCAUGAGAUAUCCUGCAGAAACAAUUUUGAGUUUGUACAGGCUGUCAUCAGAUUGUUUUUGAAGAUACACGGCGAAACAAUUAGAUGCAAUUCAAAAUUACAGGACAAGGCAAGGAAGCUCUUAGACGCUCAAAGUGCAGUUUGGCAGAGAGUAGAUAAAUUGUUCCAAAGUGCUAGAUGCAUGGUCACUUUCCUUAGCAAUUCACAGUUUUAA